UUGUCAUUUAUAUCCAUAUUAGGAAAAUUACAAUAACUUCGUGAACCUCUCCAAUGGCACAGUCCAAAUUCAUUAAGCAAAAUUAAAAUCUAUAAAAGUCUUACCUAUCCCUCUCUCUUUUUUUCAUAAUCACUACCAACUUAUUUCAUCCCUCUCUGCGGGAGAUAAGCAGGAGCUGGAGAAAGACAUAAAACCAUUUUAAGACAUGGGUUUCACUGCAACUCAAAUGUCUCUUGCUGUGAUUUUCUUAGGCUCGUUAUCCUUUAUUCUUGGAAUUGUGGCUGAAAACAGAAAGCCUCAAUUGGGAACCCCAAUACAUAAAAAAAAUUCAGUGAUAUGCACCUAUCCUUCUGAUCCCUCAGUAACUUUGGGGUACCUGUCCUUCAUAUUUCUUGUUGCAUCAACUGUAGCUGGUUAUUGCUCAGUGUUUUAUCCUUACAAAGGAAAAUCUGUUCCACAGUCAAUCUUCUUUAGGAACAAAACAUUUAUUGUCUUUUUCAACAUUGCUUUGUUAACGGCAGGGUUAGGUGCAGCCCUUACAUUGUGGCCCACAAUUGAAGAGCAAAAUUAUCAUAAACACAAGGCAUAUCCCAAAACUACUGAAGUGUGCCCUACAUCUAAGAUGGGUGUUCUUGGUGGUGGAGCUUUUCUUUCCCUUGAUUCAUGCCUCUUGUGGUUGGUUGCCCUAAUGAUUGCAAUCAAUGUUAGAGAAGAUUUCUUUGAAAAUGGAGAAAGUGAAAGCCACUUGGCUAGAGCUGCAAUUGGUACAAGUAUUUGAUUGUGAUGUUCUUUAUCUUUCUAGCUUUGUUUGAGGGUUUAAUUUUAUUAUGUCAAGAUCUAUUUGUCCACAAGAAGAUGAACUCAAUUGAGAUGAUUCAUUUAGUACAUUUCUUUGUUUGCUUUAGAUGGUUGGUUGGUGAGCUUUGUAUAGUUGAUUGGGAUUGUGAAAUUUGAUUGGAUUGUUAUUAUAUUGCUU